AUUCAUAAUAGCCACAAACAACAUAAACAAUAGAUGAACAACCUAAACCGAAGGAUACACGUUAUAAGACAAGUGUAAGGUCUUUGCCUAAAUUGUAAGGAUGUCACGAAGACAAAAGGAGUAGAGUUUGAAGAGUUCGAUUUGAAAUAAGAAUUAAUGUAAGGAUUGGCAGCAGCAAAUUAUGAGAAGCCAUCUCCUAUUUAAGAAGAGUCUAUUCCAUUUGCAUUGGCAGGAUCAAAUAUUAUUGCAAGAGCUAAAAAUGGUACAGGCAAGACAGGAGCUUACAUUAUUCCAAUUCUAGAAAUGAUGGAGAUAGAAGGUCAGAUCUAGAGUCUGAUCUUAGUGCCUACAAGAGAAUUAGCUUUAUAAGUUUCUAGUCUAGUAAAAGAGAUUGGUAAGUAUAUGAAGGUUGAAUGUAUGGUUUCAACAGGAGGCACUGAUUUUAAAGAAGAUAUCUAUAGAUUGAAAUAGGUAGAGAGUUAAAUGAUUGUAGGUAGUUCAUGUAUUGGUUGGAACACCUGGAAGAAUUUUAGAUUUGGCUUAAAGGAAAUUAGCUGAUUUAUCUAAAUUAAAACAUUUCGUUUUAGAUGAAGCUGAUAAAUUACUUUCAGUUGAUUUUUAACCACUUAUUGUUAAAAUACUUUAAUUUGCACCUCCAGAAGUAUAAAUUAUGAUGUUUUCUGCAACAUUUCCUGUUGAUGUUAAAGGUUUUAUUAAUGAACAUGUUCCAUAAAUACAAGAAAUUAAUCUUAUGGAAGAAUUAACAUUAAAGGGUGUAACAUAAUAUUAUCUAUUUAUUGAUGAGAAAUAAAAAGUCAAUUGUUUAAAUUUCAUAUUUAGCAAACUUGAAAUAAAUUAAGCAAUUAUAUUUUGCAAUUCAGCAAGAAGAGUAGAAUUAUUGACUCAAAAAAUUACUGAAUUUGGGUAUUCAUGUUUGUAUGCAUUUUGUAUCAUUCUAUUAGCUACAUUCAUGCAAAAAUGAAUUAGAAGGAUAGAAAUAAAGUAUUCCAUAGUUUUAGAAAAGCUGUAGGUAGAUGUCUUGUCUCUACAGAUCUCUUUACUAGAGGAAUUGAUAUUUAAUCUGUCAAUGUUGUCAUAAAUUUCGAUUUCCCAAGAACUGCUGAAACAUAUUUACAUCGUAUAGGUAGAUCAGGAAGGUAAUUUAUUAAUUUAUAUAAUAAUUAGAUUUGGUCAUUUAGGUUUGGCUGUUAAUUUUAUAACCGAAACAGAUAAAGACACUUUGGUUUAAAUUGAAUAAGAGCUAGACACUGAUAUUAAACCAUUUCCAAAAGAAGUUGAUAAGAGUAUAUAUUGAUAAAUUAAUAACAAAAAUUAAUUAAUUCUAC